AUGGCAGACUCAUUCUCUUACAGCAACUGUGCUGACACUGGGGACUGUAGCUCUGAAUCAAACCUGAGCCUCUCUGUGGGCUACUACCCCAAUGAAGACACCUUCUCCAAUGAGAAUACAACCCCCUGUGAAGACACAUCUUUCAACAACCCCUCAAUCCAUUUUGUCCCUCCGUUCCAAGGGUCAUGGCGGACUGAAAGUAAAGGGGCACUCCUGGAGAGACAAGACCAAAUUCAGGACAGCACAGAGCAGUUUGGCAAACUCAACAUCACCCUGGCCUGGGAUGGCUGCAACCAUUCAGACUCCAUCAUGAAUUGGGACCUACAUGGAGACAACCAGUGGACAGACAAAUAUCCUGAAGAGAAGACAAAACUGACUCUCAGCAAACUGAAUGGGCUGGUACAAAGGCUUGAGCAAUUUCUAGAAAAUCAGAAAGAUGACGAAGAUGAUGAGUCUGUAUUCCCUGAAUCUGCUCAAAAGGAGGAUCUCCAGCCGUCCAGCAGCACCCCUCCAGAUGUGGCUCAGGUCAGUCAUCAAGGACAUGAUGCUUGUCUUCAAGAUUUGCCCACGUUCAGCCCACCAGAAAAUGAUGCCAUCCAGUGUCCACAGACUCCUCCAAAGCUUCAGGAACAUGAGCUUGCUGAGACAAAAGGACAGGCAACUGGCAGACAAAGAACAAGCACUACAGAGACCUGCUCAAUCUCAUCAGAUAAGCCGAAGGAGGAGGACACUCAUUCUAGUACACAACCCCUCUCCUUUCUCAACUUCAGGUGGGUCUUCCGCUGGCUAAGGCAGCGAAUCCUCUCCUCAUUUUGGGGAAGAGAACAUCCCAAGAAGGCCCCCAAGAACCCCCGUAAGCUGACACAAAGGAAAAGAUUCUCUCACAGAAGCAAAAUCCAACCUCAAGAACCCAUUGAAGGAGAAUACUCUAUAUUGCCAGAUUUUAAAACUUUUUGAUUGCCCCUAUUCUACAAUUCCCAUGAAUCAU